AUGGCGGCCUCCGAGUAUCAGACUUCAUCCAUGGUGACAGCUGCCAUGUGGCAGGAAGUGGAAGUCCUGGAACAUUGCCUCUGCCAGCUCAUAGAAAGGGGGCAGGAUGUUGACCCCCUCAGUCUCCAGAGCUCCGUGUACGGGAGCCAGAAGUUCAAGGACCCUAAAUACCAGGACCCAGACCGUGGGGAGCUGGGAUCUGAGGACCAAGAUGAGGAGAUUCCCCCUGAGGAGGUGGCCGGGGAUGAGUUCCUGGAGCCCCAGAACCCAGAAGAGGCUCCCACCGAGUUGGAGAGGGCUCUGAAGAGAGACUCAGAUGAGGGUGUUCCUGAAAUGAGCCGGCUGUCCAUCACCCAGAAGUUCCCAGGCACCUCUGCGCCCAAAGGGAGGAAGAGGAGGCGGCUCCUCGAGCUGGCAAAACCCAAGACCAACUGGCAAGUCUUGAUAGACAGGACGGGAUGCCGUUGUAAGGGCUAUGCCUGGAUCUCCCCCUGCAAGACGAGCUUACACUUCUGUCUCUACUGGCCCUCCAUAUACUGGACUGAGCGGUUCCUCGAGGACCCCUGCCUCACUGUCACGGUGCCUGUGGUGUCCCCCCGGGUGGAGGAACUGUCUCGGCCCAAGAGGUUCUACUCAGAGUAUUACAACAGCAACAGGACUACUCCCAUCUGGCCCAUUCCUCGGUCCACCUUGGAGUACCAAGCGUCUAAUCGCCUAAAGGAACUGGCCACCCCGAAGGUCCGGAAUAACAUUUGGAGCAUAAACAUGUCUGAGGUGUCCCAGGUGUCCAGGGCAGCCAAGAUGGCAGUCCCCAGCCCACGGAUCCUCCGGCUGGCAAAGCCCAGGGCCCCAGCCACCCUGACGGAAGAGUGGGACCCCAUGCCGAAACCUAAGCCACAUGUGUCAGACUACAACCGCCUCCUGCACUUGGCCAUGCCCAAGACCCUUUCGGACAAGUGCGUUCCUGACCGAGAUCCCCGCUGGGAGGUGCUGGAAGUCACCAAGAAGGCGGUGGCUAGUCCCCGGAUCAUCUCGCUGGCCAAGCCCAAAGUGCGUGCGUGCCUCAAUGAAGGCUACGACCCCUACCACGUCUCCCCAGCCUCCCUGGUGGCGCACGUGUCCCCUCGCCUCUACGAGCUCGCCACCCCCAAAAGCAUCACCAAAAAAGUCUGA